AAACCUUAUGCUAGUAGCUAGAUUUAGGCUCGUAGGACGGGGUGUAAGCGACACCAGACAUACAUCGUUUGUUGCCCCUCUAGAGGAAACAGGGAGUGGAUAGUUACACGACAGGUUUUUGUUUGUUACGGUGGCAGCAUUGAAACGGAAUAUCUCGAGUGGUACCUUACUCUGACCUUUAUGUGAGGUCUAAGCCCUAAAGGAACGGGUCAUAGACGGGAGGAGAGACUCGGAGAGAAGCAUCUGGCCACAGAAGCCUGGAUACGUGUUUUUAUUUUUUAUUCAGUCCCUGAAACACACAACCACAUCCAAGCAGUUUUCCAGCAAGCAGCAAGGACCAUGGAGGCCAUUGCCAAAUACGAUUUUAAAGCAACCGCUGAUGAUGAGCUUAGUUUCAAGCGUGGAGAAAUCCUUAAAGUAUUAAAUGAAGAGUGUGAUCAGAACUGGUACAAGGCAGAGCUAAAUGGAAAAGACGGUUUCAUCCCCAAGAAUUACAUAGAGAUGAAAGCCCAUCCGUGGUUCUUCGGGAAGAUUCCCCGCGCCAAAGCAGAGGAGAUGCUAAACAAACAGAGGCACGAUGGGGCCUUCCUCAUCAGAGAGAGCGAGAGUGCACCAGGGGACUUCUCCCUCUCUGUGAAGUUUGGAAAUGACGUCCAGCACUUCAAGGUUCUUCGUGAUGGGGCUGGAAAGUAUUUCCUAUGGGUGGUGAAGUUUAACUCCCUCAACGAGCUGGUGGAUUACCACCGCUCCACCUCAGUCUCCCGCAAUCAGCAAAUCUUUCUGCGAGACAUAGAGCAGGUCCCCCAGCAUCCCACGUACGUGCAGGCGCUCUUUGACUUUGACCCCCAGGAGGAAGGAGAGCUGGGUUUCCGACGCGGCGACUUCAUCCAAGUCCUCGACAACUCUGACCCCAACUGGUGGAAAGGAGGCUGCCACGGCCAAACGGGCAUGUUCCCCCGCAACUACGUCACGCCUGUCAAUCGGAACAUGUAAACAGUCAGACCAUGUAAACAAGAACAACAACAACAACAACAACCACAACACAGCAACCAUCACCACCACCACAACCACCAUCAUCAUCAUCAUCAUCGUUCUUCAUCAGCCCCCAAUCCGACCCGACCCCACCCCUCCCCCCUUACCUCUCUCUCCCCCAAACAACCCCUCCACCCCCCACCCCCCUUCUCGGCCAUUCCACGAUAACAGGAGCAGACAGGAAGAACGCAAACAACUGAAAGAGAGAGAGUUAAAGCAGGAGUAGUGCUGUCGUAGGCGUCGCUGUGUGGGUGCCAGCUGAGCAAAAAAGUAAAAAAAAAAUAAAAUAAAAAAAUCAACUCUUACUUGUGCUGAGAACGUUCACCGCCCCAGUGAACGCCUCGUCGAGGAUUGAACUGUCUUUGAGGGAAAUCUAAAUGCAGAGAAACUAAAGCGUAGAGCACCAACCAUGAAGAUAACCAAAUGAUUCUACCGCUCCCACAGCUGCUUCUGUCUUCUCCUAAACUUCUUAACAUUCUGCCUUUCUUUUGUUUUCCUUUUUUUUUUCUUCUUCUUCUUCUUCUUCUUCUUCUUCUUUUGCCGCAUGUUGUUUUAAUCUCCUAAAUGAAAUGCCUACCAAUAAAUCCCUAACUCUGUUUUAAAGAAAAAAAAUAAAAAUUUAAAAACAUAAAAAAGAAGAAAUGGUUUUAAAAAUGUACAAAAAAAAAAAAAAAAGAAGAGAGGAAAGAAAUGAUGCCAUCUACAGUAAUCUACAGAAAGUUUCCAUGUUUAAGUUCAUUGGCACGUGAGCAGUGUACAUCAGCCAUUGGCUGUAUAAAUAAAUCAACUAUAGAGAGAAUCCAUUUUUUAAGAAUAUAUAUUAUAUAUUUGUAUGUGUUUGUCUGUUUUACCUCUCAUCACAAAUUGUGUUUUUUUCCAUUUGUAAAUUAUGUUCAAUCCUUGUGAGUUUGAAUAAGACCUGGUAGCUCUAGAAUGUGCUGAAUUGUCAAUUAAGUUUUUCUUUUAUUUUUAUUUUUUUCUGAGUCUAUCUGAGGGCUCUCAGAUAAAACAGCAUGAUAUUUAAGGGGUCAUCAGUUCCAUUUGAAAAGGUUUCUCUUGUCUAUAAUGCAAUGAAAGUAAAAGUUAAUGAGAAGAAACCUGAGAAGAAACUAAUCCUGUCAGGAAGCUAACGUUGACCAGCAAGUAGAGCCAUGAAUGCUGCAAGAGCUGUUGUAUUACGAAGCCCUGUAUAAAGGUCAGCCACCUUUUCAAAGCCAAUGUAUUUAUUGCAGCCAUUUUACUUGGGCGAUGAAUGUAGCUGACUGAGUCCAUAGACAUUAACAUGAGGGAAGCAAGGUCAGAGAACUGAACUACACAACCACGCAAGGGAUUUUAAAAGACAUGCUGAAAUAGUAAUGUUGCGGAUUAUUCACUUAAAAAAAGAAAGAGAGUGGUGUAUGAGGAUAUGUACAGGUAGUUAACAUGCAUAUUCAAACACAUUCAUUACAUGCAUGCAUACGCAGACGCUCUCCUCCUUGUUAUACCUGCACGUAGCAAAGAGGAUGAGUUUGGAUAAUCACAUUGUGUAAUCACCAGUGCAGAUCUGCAGCUGGCACAGAUUAACAGUCCAGAAAACUGAGAGAUUGUCUUUUAUGCUAAAAGUUGAGAGAUCAGCUUAAACGAUGUAAAAGAUUUUUUUUGUUUUGUUUUUUUGUUUGUUUUUUUUUGUUUGUUUUUUUUAUCUUUGUCCAAUGUGGCGUGUGGUCAAGCACUUUUUUUUGUCAAACAUUUUAUUUCUGGUCCUGUGUGUGUGUGUGUGUGUGUGUGUGUGUGUGUGUGUGUGUGUGUUUGUUUACUGUGUUUGUGUUAUUGGUUUGUGUUUUUCUUGUUCUCUCUGGAUAGUGCCUUUCUCUCUGGUGUUUCAGUGUCUCCGACCUGCUACUUUGAGCCCCCUCCCUUUAUGGGGCCUGCCAGUCCUGCAGUGAGAAACAGUGUACAUAAUCCAACCUGUCCCAUCCAGCAAACCCCUCCCCACCCCCCAAAACCCCCUUCUCCCCUCUCCUACAUCAACCCGCCUUCACCUUUGUCCUCACCAACAUGGAACUCUUCUUAUUUAAGUGUCUCUCGCCUCGUCUUACCUAAUGAUACGGUUUUGUUUUGUUUUUUUUGUUUUUUUAUUUGCAUUUGUUUUUUUUUGUUUUUUUUUUUUUGUUUUUUGUUUUCAAUUAAUAAAAUGCAAUUAUUAAAAAAUGAGAAUCAUUUUUUGUGGUUUGUAUUUUGGAGGAGGAUUCUCUCGUGGAUCUGGUUGGUAACUGAGUCUCUGCAAGACUGAGCUGCACCUGCCGACCUGCAGCAGCAUCAGCAGCGGCCACUGCAGCUCAAACACUAUAUAUUAUAUUUUAUCACUAAUGUUUUGUUUGUGCGUGUGUUUGAGGUUUUACAUUUUUAAAGGAAUAGUUUGACAUUUUUGGGAAAUGCACUGAUUUGUUUCCUUGCUUGAUGGUUAGAUGAGGAGGUGGAUUUUCAACAGGCCAAUUUUAAAAUACACAAAACAAGAAUAUUCAUUACAGUUGUUUCAAUAUUAUGUUGUGUUCAUAUUUUAAAUGAAGUUAUUUUUGUGUUUCAGAUUAAUUGGCCGUGGUCUUAAAAAAUGUCAAGUGCGACUGAUUUAUCCUAAAAUUAUUUCAUUUCCUUAACAUGCUUAACUUUUUCUUUUCUUUUUUCUUUUUCCUUUCUUGUUUUUACAGGUUCUCAGUGAUAUAAAGUUUAGAAACAAAGUUUUCAUUUCUUUUUGAGUUUUUGUAAAUAAUGAUCUCACACUUUUGUUGUACAAUGUCGAAGUCUCCAUCUUAAAUGUACAGAACAGACUUAUUUUUCCUAUAAAAUGCAUAAAACUGAUGAAAAUGUUUAUAAAAAAUACCAUUCACUUAUCACGUAUGUAUCACGUAUCAGUGAUUAAUAUUUCGGCCACACAAAUAACAUAGUUUAGUUUGAAUUUAAUAUAGAUAUGUCUACUAUUGGUGGAUAUUUUGACAUUAAAUGACAGAAAGGUUAUUUGAAAAGUUAAA